GCGGGACUUACGCUGUCAUAAACACGUGUACGGGAAGUAGGAAAUAAAUACAGACAUUCGUGGUGCUACUGGAAAGAAGUGUGGCACCAUGCUGGAAGGCUACAGUCCUGUGACCCAGGCCCUGCUGGGGACCCUCUUCACGUGGGGACUCACCGCUGCUGGAGCCGCUCUGGUGUUCGUCUUCUCCAGCAGACAGAAGCGCAUCUUGGAUGGAAGUUUAGGAUUUGCAGCUGGGGUGAUGCUGGCUGCUUCUUAUUGGUCGUUGCUGGCGCCGGCGAUCGGCAUGGCCGAGGAUUCUGGGAAAUACGGCUCGUUUGCCUUCGUCCCUGUGGCGGUGGGGUUCACACUCGGAGCGGCGUUCGUCUACUUCGCUGACCUCGCCAUGCCCCUUCUGGGUGUAGGUGCCGACCCCCACAUUUCUUUGGCUCUGCCCCCCGAUGCUAAGCUGGGAAAAGAGAAAGCAGACGAGCCGUCGUUCGGACACCUGGACUCUGACGAGAUGACCAUCAGGAUAGGUAGAUCUGGACCUCUCUCAGAUAAAACAGAUAAUGGAGAUGUGUACCAGAGGAGGAGAGGACCUAACACUGCCAGCUCAGACGGACAGGACACAGGAAGUAAACAACAGGAAGGUGUCGGGCAGACAGGAAGCAGCUGGAGACGGAUUGUUCUCCUCAUCCUCGCCAUCACCAUACACAACAUUCCAGAGGGUUUGGCUGUGGGCGUUGCAUUUGGAGCUAUUGGAAAGACCUCAACUGCUUCUUUUGAAAGUGCCAGAAAUUUGGCCAUCGGUAUUGGCAUCCAGAAUUUCCCAGAAGGCUUAGCGGUGAGCCUGCCGCUCCGAGGUUCAGGGAUGUCAACAUGGAAAUCCUUCUGGUAUGGCCAGCUCAGCGGCAUGGUAGAGCCCAUCGCUGGGGUCCUGGGCGCCCUCGCUGUCGUCCUGGCUGAACCUCUGCUGCCGUACGCGUUGGCGUUUGCUGCCGGAGCGAUGGUGUACGUGGUGGUGGACGAUAUCAUACCUGAGGCUCAAGUCAGUGGAAACGGGAAACUUGCGUCCUGGACCUCCAUCGUGGGCUUCGUGGUGAUGAUGUCACUGGACGUGGGGCUGGGUUAAGAUCACUGUGUUGCCAUGGCAACAGAACACUCGAUGGCUGUGAUGUCGUCACUGUGCUGCUGGCUGUAGUUUUUUGUUUUUUUUAAAUGGGACCAAAUGAAGUGUUUUAUUCCUGAAACGCUGUUAAUCCGUUUUGUUUUGAAUUGUUGCUUAUUUAAUUUAGCAGUGGAAAAAAAUAUUUUGAUGAGUGUGUUUCUCAAAUUUAGGAAUGAAUUUAUAAUAAAUAUUUAACGGAUAUUCUCAUGAUUCCAGCAUUUGUGGUUGUUUUGUUCUCUUUUGAGUUUUAAAACAAUAUAUCUUAGUUGUAAAAGUUAAAAUAAUGUUAUUUUUUUAUAAUUUGAUCCUCCUUCCCAUGUUUGUAUUUCCUCAUGAUGGCAAUACUUGAAGUUCUGAUGUUUAAUUUGGUAAUUUAUGCUUAUUCUGUUCUGUUUUGACACACAAUGUGGUGUGUUUGUUUACACUCUUAACACAUUUAAAACAAACAAAUGUCAGUCUCCUGUAAACAGAUGUAGUGCCUUCUUCCUUUCAGGACUCUGCUGCCCCCUGCUGGCCGGUCUGAGGAAUCACAUGUUGUUGAAUUGUUUAAAUGCUGAUGUUUACUCUGAAUAACAAAGUAUUUCUAUAAUUAAACAUGAUCAACACUUGU